GCCGGCAGCCCGUUCCCUCUGCAGUCCCCCGCGGAUCGAGCCACUCUGGUUGACAGGCCAAAGCCGCCAAUGCCGGCUCUCAGCGAAAGCCUCCCAGCGGCGCCGCCCAUGGAGCCGGCGCGCCCACCUCAGGGGGGCCCACAAGCACGCCGCAGCCUCCACGGGCGCCGCCGGGAAGAAGGCCGACGAGGAUAACAUGGAGAAGGUGCCCUCCGGCUGGGCCACAACCAGUUUGAACAAGGACGAUUCGUCAAGCUCGAUUGGGAGUCCUCAGAGCCCUGGGCCGCGCAGGAACGCAAGCGGCAUCACCAGGGUCUCGUCAGCCAGCAAGAGAGUUGUCGACGCAGGACGCCGCGAGUUCUGCUGCUACGGCCUGUCGUGGUCCGCGGUCGCCGAGGUAUUCACCACGCCCGUGAACACGGAGGCGGAGGGGGAGACCGCGGGCUGGGCCGUGCAGCUCCAGGUGCGCGGGCCGCCCCCCGGCUCCGACGCGAGCUUCAAGUCGAUGGCGCGCAGGUUCGCCAAGCACUGCUGCACGGAGAUGAAGUACUUCCCGAUCCCGCUGGUGUUCACUUUGAUUCCGACGAUCUUGACAUCGCUCGUGGCGGGCAAAUGGAGUAUCGGUGGAUUGGUCGAUCCCCCAUGGACGUGCGACCCCAAGGAGUCGACGAUCAUGCUCAUGUACAUCGAGAGAGCGAGGAAACAGCCGUGGCUGGACGAGCUGCUGAGCCCGCUUCCUAAAGUAUUGUAUUUUGCUGGGCUCGCAGGCACCCUGUACGUCAUAUGCGCCUCGUGGUCUUGGAGGAUCACCGGGAAGAUCUUCAGGUUGUGCGUGCUGUACCCCGUCAUCGUUCUUUGCAUGGCUUGGUCUGCUCCCAUAUGGAUGAGAUCUGUAUUGGUUGGUGUUGGUCAAGCCGAUUGCCCGCUUGUUCAGGCCUGGCAGAUUGGGUUUGAAGAAAUUCAGGUGUACUUUGCGGUCCCUGCCAUUACUGUCGCGACCUUCGCGUACUUAUCCAAAGCCACUGGGAACGUAUGCUUCUACAUGUUCAAGUUCGAAUUUGUCUUGGUGUUCUUGUUGUACUGGUUCGUGCUGAGGCCGCGGGCUAUAUCGCUGAGCGACCAGGUUGAUGAGGCGUCCGACCGCAUGAGGGUGUUCUUGGUAGUCUUCCUCAGCCUCUCGAUGGAAUUGGUCUGCAUGCCCUGGACGCGGAUGAUUGCGCGCGCCUCGAAAGGUAACCACUGGUCAACGUCAUUUCUCAUACCAUCGUUUUUCAUUGUGUUCAAGGCCUCCAUCGGAAGGAUGAUAGUGGUCGGGAUACAGCGGUGGGAGUACGUGACAACAGUUCUGGUUAUCAAUGGUGUUGGAGAGUACCUGCUCCGAAUCAACAUGAAGUUGCGCGACGAGCUUGUGUACCGCAGGCUGUUCGGGCGGUUCGUCGAGAACCCGUCGGCCCAGCUCGCCAGCGACAGGAGCAAGAACAUCCGCAUGCACACGUUUGCGUUUGAGACUCUGUGCCAGCAUGUGUUCACCAUCAACGGCAUUGUCCUGGUUCUGGUCUUCGACUACUCUGGAAAGGGCGAUACAAACCCGGAUCCCAUCAAGUUGUUUCGCACGUUGGUGAUACAGGUCAUCGUGGAAGCAUUGGUCGAUUUUUCCGCGUUGCUCACCCUGAAGAAGGUGUACGGGUAUGACAUCAUGGCCAAAGCCGAUGGGCGUUCGUGGACGUGGUCGUUGCUGUUUUGUCCUUUCAUGCUGUUCUGGUCCGCGCACGCGAUGAUCGACGAGACAGCCACCUAUUGCAGGACGCCAUCAGGGCCAGAGUUCGAGCAGUACAACCUCACGUCGACCUGGAUGAGCUGCCGUGCUCUCGACAGUCUGCUGAACGCCACCGCUCUCUCGUGAUGCCGGGGCAGCGCCCUCUGCACCCCGCGGGCGUCCGGCAGCGGCGCAAGAGGGGCUCUUGCCGCUGCAGGGCACGAGCGAUGUGUGGGCUGAGGUGUCAGCACUUCGGUGGUUCGAGUUUUCUCCAUGCAGCAGCACCGAGCUCGCGGGGGUGGGAGAGUUGUCGUGGCGUCAAGCGCUCAUCCCAGAUGGUGUGGUCCCAGGACGGGCGGCUGCAGUCGGCCCCCGCGCGCGUGCUUUAUGCUGGAUCAGCGUGUUUGCUUGGGUGGUGCACAGACAGCGUGUCCCCAGAGGACGCCAAUUUUGCACACAACCUUGCUCUACGGUCUUGUGCCAGGCCAACUUGUCUGUCGGGUUGGUGUACAAAAGCUGUGCUCCCAAGCAGACGCAAGGAGGCGGCGCGAGGCGGGCACUAAUUCAUGCAGGGUCUGACCUUUUGCGUGGUGUUACCUUCGGGCGCGACGCCUGCUACUAAGUCGCACUCCGCCGCAGUAUAAGUGAACCGUGCCACGAGAUUCUCGCCGUGGGCGAUAUUUUUGUUGCGCGUUUGCGCGCGCUUGAUUGCCCUGCUUGGCGCUUACAGUCGUCGAAUUGCUUUUUUUCAUAAGCGGUUCUCCCCUCGCCGGCGUUACCCUCUGAUCCCGGCGCGGUGCCAGCAUAUCCGCAGCGGCCCGUGAGAAAGCAGAUCUCAGCGGUCGCAGGCCUUAGUUUGCGCAGCGUUCUCUGACUCCAGCACCACGUGGCACAGCACCGCUCGUCCUGCUCGCGCCAGCCCGACGCACAGCCUCGGGACCGAGGUGGCCUGGAAAGAGAGGCUGUGGCUGUCCGGCGCCUGACUAUAAGAGAUGCCUGCUUCCCCGCGCGCCUUGCAGUGUUGGAGGCCCGCCGAGGGAGGCCCCAGCUUACGACCUGCGUGCGCUGCUUGCUGCUACAGUCAUACGGCCGGCGACACACGCUGUAGACCGCACCGGCGCGGUGGCCGAGAGGGAGCCUCGGGGGCGGA